ACCAGAAUCACUUUGAUCAUCGUAGGUGACUGGAGAAUGCCUUAUAAUCUCGGCCACCGGAGUUCCCUCAUUACCCAGUUUUGAAUAUAUCGCCUUCCAGUUUCUUCAUCAGUAUGCCUGAUCAAGUGAUGAAAAUCCUGAUGUUGCAUGGGCAUGACCAAUCGGAACAAAUAUUUAAGCCCAAGGCUAGGUAUAUUGAAGCGGCAUUCCAUUCCUUUGCGCAAGAGAAUGAAGUCGUAUUCGAAUUCAAAUAUCUGUCGGGAAUAUUGCCUGCGCGCCCUGAUCAACCUGAUGGUCACGAGAAGUGGGUAUGGGGGUAUGGGGAUCCGAGUGACGGUGAGAUUACAAACAUCGAGCUGUCCACUCAGCAUAUCCUUGCGACUUUACACCAAAAAGGUCCAUUUGUAGGCAUUGUUGGGUUCUCAUCCGGAGCUGCAAUGGCCGCUAUUAUUGCAUCGCAUCUUGAGAAGAGAAGCAUGUUCAACGAUCAGCCAUGGGUUACAGAGCAUUCGGCACUUCGUUUCGCGAUUUGUCUCAGCGGAUUCCGGCUAGGACCUAUUUAUGACAAGUUCUAUGAACCUACGAUCCGUACGCCAAUAUUAUUAGCGAUUGGAUCCUACGACCCGGUCAUUACAGCGGAGGACUCACAUAGUCUUGCCAAACACUGUCAGUUUGCGCGAAUUUUUGAGUUUUCUGGUGUCCACUAUGUUCCGCAAUUCAAAGAGUCUCGCGAUUUCCGCAAGACCCUUAAUGAUUUCCUGGAGGAGUUUCUUUUUGAUCCUCCAGCACAGCAAGCUCCAAGGUUGAGCACUCAAGCUGGUGCCAUUGUGCGGAGUCCCUUCAACACAAGGCCUUUCUUGAGAACGUACCGUCGACGAAGGGAAAUCGCGGUAGCAUCUGGCUUUACAAAGCGAUGGGCCAUCUCCGCACUGGGGAACCAAGUGGCUGCAAACUCAAUCACCUCAGCCUCAGUGUGAAACGAUUUGAAAUGACUCUGCUGUAGUACAUCAAGCAUUGAGCCUGAUCUGAUCAACAAAUGACCAAGCUUGGUGAAUUGGAACUCGGGAAGGGCGAGUCACAAUGUCAUGCCAGUCAUUGACCCUGGCUAAUUAUCGGCAGGAGAGAGCGGCCAGUAUUUUUGGUUGUUAUGCUAGAUAGAGUGAAGAGAAUGAGCCAGUCGGAAUUAGAUUAUCAAUAUAUGAAAAAGGCCUUCGGAG